AUGACUAAAGCAAAGACCUACAACAUCCUCGUCCUCCCCGGCGACGGCAUCGGCCCUGAAAUAAUGGCCGAGGCCACCAAGGUGCUCUCCGCCUUCAACACAUCCACUGUGCAGUUCGACACCCGCUCCGAACUCAUCGGCGGGUGUAGCAUCGAUCGCCACGGCAAGUCGAUCACGGAUGAGGUCAAGCAAGCAGCUCUCGCCUCGGACGCGGUGCUGUUCGCUGCCGUGGGCGGUCCGAAAUGGGAUAAUAUGCGGAGGGGGCUGGAUGGACCGGAGGGCGGGUUGCUACAGCUGCGGAAGGCGAUGGACAUCUAUGCGAAUUUGAGGCCCUGCUCGGCGGAUUCGCCGAGUAGGAGUGUUGCGAGGGAGUUUAGUCCGUUUCGACAGGAGAUCAUUGAGGGGGUGGACUUCGUGGUUGUGAGGGAGAACUGUGGAGGGGCGUAUUUUGGUAGGAAGGUGGAAGAAGAUGAAUAUGCAAUGGACGAAUGGGCCUACUCUACCUCCGAAAUCCAACGCAUCACCCGUCUCUCUGCUGAGCUGGCUUUGCGCCACGAUCCCCCAUGGCCCGUCAUCUCGCUGGACAAGGCUAACGUGCUCGCGUCCUCACGGCUCUGGCGCCGCGUCGUCGAAAAGACCAUGGCAGAGGAGUACCCGCAGGUGAAACUGGUGCAUCAGCUGGCGGACUCGGCGUCGUUGAUUCUGGCGACGAACCCGCGCGUGCUGAACGGCGUGAUUCUGGCCGAUAAUACCUUCGGUGAUAUGAUUUCUGACCAGGCGGGCUCGAUAGUGGGAACAUUGGGCGUGUUGCCGAGUGCAAGCUUGGAUGGGCUGCCGUCUGAGACCCGGAGGAGGACCAAUGGGUUGUAUGAACCUACACAUGGGUCGGCGCCGACCAUCGCCGGCAAGAACAUCGCCAACCCCGUGGCUAUGAUUCUCUGCGUGGCGCUGAUGUUCCGGUACUCUCUGGAUAUGGAACGUGAAGCACAGCAGAUCGAAGAGGCUGUGCGAACCGUUCUAGACUCCGGUAUCCGCACGCCAGAUUUGGGUGGAAAGGCUGGGACGACGGAAGUGGGUGAUGCGAUUGUAGCUGUGCUGCGCGGGGAGAAACUCUGGAGUAUUGACAAUUGUCUCACCUUGGACGGAAGAGCCAGUACAAUGUCGGCCACAGAUCCCUGCUUGAGUCCAGGCUCCUGCGCAAUGCGCCUGCAGAACCUAGAUAGUCUCUCAUCGGCCUCAAAAUCCGCCCUCCUACGAUCAAUCGCAGACGAUAUUUCGGCCGUUUUCAUCUGCAUCUCCAAACAACUUUCGUGCGGCACGCUGAGCGCUAGACAUACCAGGCCCAUUCAAGACUUCAUCACCACCAUUAAAAACACUGAGCGAUUGGAACAACAAAGGCUGCAGCAAGACUUAGGACGCUACCGUCAACGCGAACGACGGUGGCGGGCGGAGAGGAAGUGGAUGCACCGCAAAGUUGAGGGCCUGGUAAAACACUCCGAAGAAAUCCACAAGCAAUGGAAGGUGCGAUUGGAGAGGGUGAAAGGUAAUGUCAAUGGUGCGACAAGGGAGUUGGCGGCACAGAAGUGGACGUAUGAGUUGUCUCGGUCACAGGCGGAGAGAGAAAAGAUGUUGGGAAGAGACCUAAAUGCGACUCCGGCCGAAACUCAUCGGUAA